AUAUUCUCUCUGUCACUAUACAAACUGGUUUUAUUUAAAUUAAUUAGAGGACAUGCCUAAAGGAAUACUCCGGGCUGAGUUUGAGCCUUCUGAGGCGUCUCUCCUUACCAACACCCCAACGUCCACAUUGCUAGCUGAAUUCCCAAUCCUUGCAUCUGCACUUUCCAAUAUUUUUCCAUAUCUUCUUCUAAUGGAUAACUUUCUUGAGAUCAUAACUUGGACCAAUGACGAUCCAUAUCAAAAUUUCCUCUUGGUUGUCAUUUAUUCAACUGUGGUAAUGUAUUGGCAUUUAGUCAGUUUGUUGGUGUUACCACUUUUAAUGGCACUAACAUUCAGUGUACUUGUAUGGUCAAUUAGUUCUGUGAUAAAUGAUACAAAAUAUAACGAAAAGCCAACAAUCGAUGAAGUACUUCAUAGUCUUCACAAUAUCACAGUAAGAUUUGAGCUUCUAUUAAGACCCAUUCAACAUUUCCCAGUAUCCAAAAAAAACAUAUUAACAGCAUUGACAUCCACUGCAAUUGUCACGCCAAUUCACGUAUUCCUUGUGAGGACCUUUCUAAACCCACAGCGGUACUUGUGGAUUUCUGGGGUAUUUGUUUUAACGUAUCAUUCCCCUUGGUCAUUUUCAGUGAGAAGACUUCUUUGGAGAUCUGUUUAUAUUCGUAUUAUUGCUUUUUAUAUCACUGGUUUGGAUAUUAAAUUGGAUAGACGAAAUCAGAAUCAUCACCUUCCAGUAUCCCGAAUUCAUAGUCCAACCACUAGCGAUGUUGAAGAUGGUGGAAAUUCAAUUCAUUCUUCAAAAUAUGUACAACUUUUAAGUGAUUUCAAAAUCCUUAAAAAGGUAGUUGUAUCACCUACUCAACUAAGACAAAUUGUAUUGUUUGAAAUAUUAGAGAAUGAAAGAAGAUGGUUAGGAUUAGGCUGGGCUAAACUAUUAUUACCAAGUGAAAGACCUAAUUUCUGUUAUCAACAAUCUAUGAUGAGCUCUCCGCAUGUUCUGGAUGCCUCGUCCGAAGUUUCCGAUGCUUUCCCAUUCCCUGUAUUUGAUAUUGAUUUAUAUACAUAUCUGUGGGAUUGGUUAGAUGAUAGAUGGACAGUUGACAGUGAAUAUAACAAGGGUAAAGAUCCCGAAGGGUGGAUUUAUUAUGAUAAUAACUGGGGUACACCAGCAUUUGUUGAUGGUAUUACGAAGUACACUAGGUCCCGUAAAUGGGUACGAAAGGCAGUUUUAAUCAUUGAUAAAAGAGAUUCGGUACAGGACGAAUAACCACAAUAAAU